AUGAGUAGUUUUUCCCAUUUACCUAACGGCAAGAAUAAUCAUGAGCAUGUUCCAAAUAAACAUGACAAUAUUCUCAAUAGUAAUGAGAAUGAUGAUGAUGUUGAUGAUGAUGAUAAUGAUACAAAGACCUUGAUCGGGAACAAUAAUCCUGCGCAUUUGGUUUAUGUACCUGGAGAAAGUCAAUUAACACAUGAUGGAAGCACAUUGGUUAACGGCCAGGAUGGUAGUAAUGGUAUUGAUCGCGGUGGCAGCAGCGGCAGCAGCAGCACCAGUCGAGGCGAUGUGAAGCACGAUCUAUCAUUAAAACAUCGUCAACAUAUGAAUGCAUCCAUCCUGCAACUUCGAUAUAACGAGAAUAGAAUUUCUUUGGAUAGAUGUAUCAACCACACAGUGCAGUUGAUAAAUGAGCUACUGGCUGAAAAUAAAGAUAGACCUGUUUUUUACCCAACGGAGAUUGAAGAUGACCAAAAAAUACUACUAAAUAGUGCCAAGGCCCAUUUGGCUUUGGUGAGGAGAAAUACAAGUAUUAAACAGUUAUCGAAGCAGAAAAUGGCAGAAGAACAGACUCAAAAAGAUCUUCCAGAAUUUAGAAUCUUAAAGAUCAACAUCAAGGGCGGCCACGGCGACGAUAAUUUGGUGGCAAAUUUGGAUAAGAAAUCAAUAGCUAGUCUUUUGGAAAAGAAACUUAUGCUGCAGAUCAAAUAUUUGCACAAUUUAAAGGAGAGGGUUGAUGACACGUCGUCAAAGGUAUUUGUUACUGGUGACUUGAAUGCGGGAAAGUCGACAUUUUGUAAUGCAUUAUUGAGGAGAAAAAUUUUACCCGAGGAUCAACAACCAUGUACAUCGGUAUUCUGCGAAGUCAUUGAUGCCAAGGCCGAAAAUCAUGGUAGGGAAGAAGUGCACGCUGUACCCAUUGAAAAGGAGUACGAUAUAAAAGAUGAGUCUACUUAUGAAGUCCAUUUGUUAAAGGAUUUAGAAGAAUUGGUAUACGAUUGCGACAAGUUUAAACUAUUAAAGGUUUAUGUGUUGGAUCAUCGCUCAUUCCAAGAAAGUUUGCUUCAUAAUGGAGUUAUCGACAUCAAGUUGAUUGAUGCUCCCGGGCUAAAUAUGGAUUCUUUUCAAACAACUGAAGUUUUUUCACGUCAGGAGGAGAUUGAUCUUGUUGUCUUUGUCGUUAGUGCGGAAAACCACUUUACUCUUUCUGCAAAGGAAUUUAUUGCCGCUGCUGCUAAUGAGAAAAGGUAUGUUUUUAUUGUUGUGAACAAGUUUGAUGGAAUCAAGGAUAAGGAAAAGUGCAAGAGGAGAAUACUUGAUCAGAUCAAGAACUUGUCACCAGACACCUACAAGAACGCGUCCGAAUUUAUACACUUUGUCAGCUCAGAGGAGGUUAGUAAUGGAAACAACCCAAACGGUGGCGAUGAUGGUGGAGAUGGUGGAGAUGACGACGACGGUAAUAACAAUAAUGAUGAUAACAGACCUGACCAUCCGGAUUUUGAUUUGCUUGAAGCAUCGCUACGCAAAUUCAUUUUGGAAAAAAGAUCCAUUUCAAAACUUCUUCCUGCAAAGAGUUAUUUGUUAAACCUUUUGCAAGAUUUGCAAACACUUUCCACAAUCAAUGAGAAAAUAUAUAACGACGAGAAACGAGAGAAGUUACAAGAGCUCACAAGUCAAGUUGCCCCUAAAGUGAAUGAAAUAAUACACAAAUCGCACAGAAUUGCUGAUACAAUCAGUGCUCUCACGGAAGCCACCUGUACCAAGAUCUACAAUGACACCACAAGAGAGAUCAAUUAUGUCAUUGAUAAUUUGGGUGACAAGCCUGUUGUAGAAUACAAUGGGUUGCAAUUCUUAUUUGAGUAUGCCAGGGAGUCGCAAUUGGCCAUGAUUGAUGUUGUGGGUGAUGCUGUUUUCAAGUGUGAGGAUAUGGCAAGGCAACUAACUGCCCAAAAAGUUGACGAGAUUGUUGCAUUUGGUAGAAAUACAUUGAAUGAAGAAUUUCUUCAUGACAAGAAAUUCAAUUCCGAUUUGAUGUUUUCUAGAAUAAAAGAUGAUAUUGGCAAAAACAUUGAAGAUACAAUUGAAGUUUCUGACUUUUUUGACCCAUCUAUGGAAUCCUUUUUGGUGUUUGUUGGGUUGCCGGAAUCAUAUGUCAAUCACACUGCAAGACAAAUUUCUUACUUUAACCCCGUUUCGGUAAUUACUCAGAUACCCUCGAAUGCCUUGGCCUUGAAGAACCAGCUUCCAACUCAGAUAACCUUGCAUACUAUUUAUUCUUCAGGAAAACUUUUGACGGCUGGUGCUUUGGUGAAUAAGAUUUAUCAAUUUAGCCAUUAUGUGACACCCGCUGUGGUGAAAAAAGUUGCGUUGCCUGUAUUGAUUGGUGUUUCAGGGAUUGCCAUUUACUAUCUCAUAAGCGAUAUCCCAAAUGCAUUACCAAGAAAACAGGCCCGAAAGAUCAAGAGGCAAAUUCAUGCAAUGAACUAUGUGCAUAACAACUCGACGCGUAUCUCUAGUGAAUGUCGUCUGGUACUCAACUUCCCAGCGAGACAAGUGAUGAACAAUUUCCAAACAAGUAUUGAUAAACGUGUAGUUCAAAAGGAGAAGUUGGAAAAGUACAUUAAGGAUGCAGAAUUGAGCUCCGGAUUUUUCAAGCAGAUGUUGAGUAAGAUCCACCAUCAACAAAAGGUAUUGAAUGAUAUUGAUUUGGAGAGUGUUGUUUCCGUUGAAUAA